GCCUGCCGGAGCCGCAAACUGCGCAGUACGGCUCCUCUGAUAAGCAGCACAGCGCGAGGAGACAGUUUCGCACUCACCAGUCCGGUCCCCGGCCCGCCGGAACCCAUUGAGGGGCGCUAGCAGCCUGCCCACUGUCUGCCCUAUUAGACUGCCUUGCGCUACGUUGCGUAAACGCGUUACCAAUGGAAGCUCCGCCCCCAAACGAUGCGGACGCCGCACGCCCAGAGCGCUACCGCCCGACCUACCACCGCGCGAGCAGCCAGCGCUCCGCCGCGCUCGCGCGGGACAUCCUCACGCGAUUAAAGAGUAUAGAGGACCCGGACCUCGAGGCGACAAACGAGCGCGAGCCGGAACCGACGACGACGGCGCCCUUCAGCAAGCGGGCCUGCGCGAAGCGCUUGCGCAGCUUUGCGACGUCGCGGCGCCUGCCGACGGACGACGGCGCGCCGCCCGAACUCCUCGCGCGGAUGGGUUUUGAAUUGAUUAGUACUGAGAUUGUCACAAUACUCAAGUGCGUGGAGUGCGGCGCCGGCGCGCCCCCUUUCGCAUCAGUAGACCAAGCGGAAGCGGCCCAUAAAAAGGGCUGCGCGCGCAAGGGCUGCACCGUCCCUUCAUCGGUGUGGGACUACAGCCCGGCCUGCGUCCGGGAACGGGAGCAGCAGCUCCUGGAGACGCUGGAUCUGUUCGCGGUGCGCGAUUCUGAAAGUAUGAAGGGCGCCUCCUCUUUAGCGCGGCGCGGCUGGGAUGCUGCUUCGGCCACGGAAGUGGAGUGCGCCUUCUGCGCGCGCGUCGUGACGGUCACGGCGGACGUCGAGGACGUCGCGCACCGGUGCUGGUGCCCCCGCGCGCGCCUGCGUACCCGCGAGGACAACCUGCCUCCCGCGAAACGGUCAAGACUAGCACAAUAAAACUGUUACUUGAACUUGACCUGGUCGCUGCGAUGGCGUCGACGUGGCCGUCGGAGAGUCCACGCGCCUCGCGAGGGAAGUUUCGCGAGGGCGGCCUCAUUCAUCC